AAAAAACGCGGAAUAUUUUUUAUUUUUGUUUAUCUCCGUUUUUUCAAUUUAACUAGACGUGUAGUGUGCGCCCAUGCCACAUUGAUAGUUGACUUUCAUGGUUUGAAUAGAUAUGCAGUUUCUCGCGCAGGUGCAGUCAAACUAAGGGUUUAUCCAGCGGCCCAACGUAAACACGUGAAGUGGUACAAAAAAGGAGGAGGAGGCGCUUUGGCCAUGCCGGAGAACCCUCAGUUUCCCGAGGUCAACUUAGAUCAACUACUGGGUCCGUCCGCUAACGAGGGCACGUUCCUGGCCCCGUAUCGGCAUGCUUUGAUAUCCAAAAUCAACACAAACACCCAGUCUAAGCGUCGCCGGUUGUCCGAGCGGAUUUGCGACAGCGAUGAGUUGAUACGGAAAGUGAAACAGCUGCAGAGCCACAACCAACAACUGAACGGCACGCAGCGGACAGCCAAGGAGGUGACCGAUCUGUACUCGACAGAAAAGCAGCAAAGGAUAGAGCUGGAGAAGCAUUGUCAAGAGCUCGAAGGGCGCUGCAGCCAGCUGGAAAUAAAAUUGGACGCUCAAGUCACCAACUGUGAGAAUCUGGAGGAGGAUCUGAAGGUCAGGGCCCUGCCGAUGGCUGCCAAAGACCUGGUCGAGGCCUACAUGAAACUCGCACACAGAGUAGGCGACGAUGCCGGGCUGUCAUGACGUAAUGAAAAAAGUCAGAGACUACUGCAAGUCGGCAAAGAUUGUUGUCGCAGAACUAAAAAGUCCUAACCCGAAAGCAAAGCGAAAAGGCAUCACCCAAACAAUGAAAACUCAAUCCACACAAACUUCGACAACGCCGAAGACCAGUAUGUGUUCCUUUGGUGUGCAAGUCAGCCUGGUGACUGGUGACAGUCUGGUGAAGACACGCAAUCAGGGGACGCAGCAUAAGAAAUCCACGACCACACGAGGAACCACUACGGCCGCCUUCAUCAAGUACCGCGAUGUGGGUACAUGCUUUCCAGAACCGAAGCCCGCGCCGAAUGUGCGCCAAAUCCUAGAUGAGAUGUUAUCCUGGCACAGCCCCGCUGUAGCCAUGCCCCUAAGCCCCAUAAUGGAACCUCCGUUUGUGGUGGAGGACAUCAUCCCCAAGAAAUCCACCGUAAAUAUUGGCAACUGCACCAUGCUUUGCAAUGUGCACCGAGAGUUCGACUUCAUGCCUGUGGUGCCGUCACAGAUAAAGGUCUCCACAUCUCGGCCACCCUCGCACACCAUGUUCGAAAGUGUGAAGGAUGAGGCAUUGGCGGGGGGCACCGUGCCGGCUGGCAUCGCAAAGGAGUUUCGGGAGAUUCUUAACUUUCUACCUCAAAACCAAAGCUGCCUCGCCAACCUGCCGCCCCAGGCCUUCGAUGAGCUGUGGCAUGUUAUUGGCCAAAUGGUUGUGUCUGCUCCACAGGGGAUGGAACCAUCCGCUGUCACCGCCGCCCAGCAUUAAGCAAAUGGACUUUACAAGUUGGCUCUACGCGCUCUAUGAGGGCACACUGACUCAUCCGGUGAUUGAAAAGCAGCGUGAACCGGAUCAUGCCUCCAGUACAAGCAGCAAAAAAGAUAACUACGAGUCGGGCACAGAUUGCAUGGGAAUGGAUGUUGGCACUGAUCCUAUGGACAUGAUCGCAGAAUCGUCCAACAUCAGCAUCGGAGGAGAGCUCACGCCGAUACAUCUGCCACAGAAGCCACCGCAAGAACGAAAGAAAAAGUCAAGAAAACGCAAAGCGUCUUCGAUUCUGAAGCCAAUCCCCAAGCGAAAGCUUGUGCAUGAUCAAGCAGCAGUGGAGCAAGCACUACCCCAAAUGGCCAAUGAACCAAUGGAAGUGCACCAGAAAGGGGAGUCCCCAGCACCAGAGACGGCGAUUCAAUUUAUAACCAAUCUGAACACCUUCAAAAUGCCCUACUGUGAUAAUUUAGACUUUGAUUUGGACUUGGAAGAGCGGUAUUUGCUUCGUUUAUUGUCCACCAAUGGCCAUGGCAUGCGAAGGACAGUGGAAAGUGACAAGAAUAUGGAACAUUCAGAAAGAAAUCCGCAGCCGCCACCUCAAUACGAACUCAAUGAUAAUGAGGAUCGUACGACGAACACAGAUUCCGUCCCAGCGAAAUUCAAUCCGAAAGUCUCCAGUGAUGAAGAAAAUUCUCUGGAAGAGCUAAAGUCAAUGCAAGAAGAACUCGAUGGCAAUGUGGAGGAUGCUACGAGCGACACAAAUUCCUUGCCAGGUGAAUGCAAUCUUCAAGUCUUCAGUGAUGAAGAAACUUCUGUGGAACAGCUGUCGCCACCUCAAAAAGAACUCAAUGAGAAUGACGACAUCCUCAUGAGUAACUCAGAUUUAUUGCUGGGGGAAUGCGUGAAGGAUAAGGAUAUGCCAUCUUUCGAAAAUGACAGAGAGGAAUGGGAAGAAGCAAAAACAGCAGCAGAUCCACCAAAACCAGCAACGCCAGUGCACACAAAUUUACAUUUGGAGCUAUUCGGCAGCGAAUUCCUUGGGAUUCGUUGAAUUUCGGUUGUAGCAACAGCGAGGGAUCGGAAAUUCUAGUUAUAAAUGAAGGAAGUUCCCCGAUAUCAGAAUCCCCGAUAUCACAAUCUCCGAUAUCACAAUCCCCUAUAUCACAAUCCCCAAUAUCACAGUCCCCGAUAUCAGAAUCCCCGAUGGCACAGUCGCCACUGCGACCGGCCUUUAGUCAGCUCAAAAGGAAGGAAAGAGCAAGCGAGUCGCCGCAAAAGGAAGUUCGUUUGACUCGUUUAAGAGCCAAGCAGAUCCAAAUGGAACAAAAUAGCCUAAAAGAGGAACAGGCGAAAGAUAUAGAUCAAAAAUUAGAGCAGACGCCGACACAGGAAGAUGAAACGAAAGCGAAGAGAAAUGAGACGAAGGAUUUGGAGCACGAGAAGAUUAUUUUCUAUGACUUGGAGUCUCCAGCCUCACCCACUUCGACGUGGACGGACCAGAGCGACAGUCCACCCAUCGAAAUCCCAUUGGAGCUGUCAGGGUGCCGCAAGAGUGACGGCGAACCCAAGGCUAUGCUUCUUCAUAUGAUGGAUGCACCCAAGGGUAAAAUGCAGUCUACGCAUCGUCUUAGGGAGACGCAGAAGGAUUUGCUUUGCUCUACAAUAAAAAGAUAUCUUAUGGACACCAUUCAACUGGACUCGACGUGCAGGGACCUCUCGAACGAGGUCUUUAAGAUAACGCGGGAUGUGGCUGUGAUUGAUAAUGUGAUGAUUACAGCCUUCUGCCAGAUGACCUACAAUUGGAUGGAGCCCAAACCAAACGACCCGUUGGAUCGCCUGCUGAAUGCCCUUAGAUACUUUGAAAUGUUCAGAUCCAACCAACCCUCCUUCACACAGAGCUUCUUGUGUGCGCUGGAGAAGCGUCUCUUCCGGGUGACAAAGGAUAGAAUCCAACUGGACUGGGCCAUCACGUGCGUCAAACGGGGUAGCGACAUAUCUCCGACGACAUAUCUCCGCCGAUCCACAAACGACAUAUCUCCGCGCGAAAUUAUGACGUUUUAAAGCGACAUACCUCCG